AUGUCCCUCCAACCAACCAACCUCCCCAUCGACCGCACAACCACCCCACCCUUCCUCCUCCGCCUCUUCUACCGACCCUCGCAACCGCUCCUCCCACACGAGUUCUCCAUCGCACCACCAGCAGACACCUCAAACAUCCCCGACUACACAUCCCUCCUCCCACCUUCGAUCCGCCAAAACAGCGUACAGAUCUACACCUGGCCAACAUGCACUCUCAGCGAACUUACAGGGCUGCUUACAAGCGUUUUACCGGAAAGCCUACUACCACGCCCAAGUGCAGGGACAAGGCUGGUCUUCAAACUAAUCUUCCCGGACACCCGAGGCAUGGUCGAUGAACGAGGGAGAGGGAGGUGGAUGGACAAGCAUCUCGGCUCCGUGGUCAUUGGCGCUUCAGCUCCGGCUGAUCGGACGGAGGAUGAGGACGAAGUAAUGGGCGAUGCGAAGGAGAGCACUGUGCUAGAAGGGGAUGCAGAGAAGACGCUCUCGGACGCGCGAUUCGUGAUUGGGGAUUAUGUGGCUUGCACCAUCAUGCCGCCUGGAGCUGAUGGGAGAGUCGCGCCGAUGCCGCCGCCGGCGAUGUCGGGACGGGGUGGGAGGGAUGUGUAUGCUGCGCCGAGGGGAAGGGAGAACGGGUAUGGGCCUCCUAGAGGAGGCAGCUAUCGAGGGUCGUAUGGUGGGAGGGGAGGUGCGGCGCCGCCGAUGGGUGACUGGCGGAGGGGAGAGAGGCCGCCGCCUCCUGUGGCUCCGUUUGGUGGAGGAGGUUACGGGGGCGGAUAUGGAGGAGGUGGAUACAGAGGCGGUGGAUAUCGGGGCGGUGGAGAACGAAGACCGUACUAG